AUGUACAUCCCUAAGUCAGCCGCGGGUGAAAUCGCCGGCGCGCCUAAGUCCCCACCGCAAGGGGGCGGGCUAGCGGGCGCGCGCAUGAAUCCGCCGGCGCUGGCGCGCUGAGGCAGUCGCGCGCGUCUAAGUCCCCACCGCCGGGGGCGGGCUAGCAAGUGCGCGCAACGACCGAGGCGCCCCUGUCGAGCUGAGAGUGGACUCUUCACACGAUCCACGGUACCAGCGGGUGCGACCAUCGUCACAUCCAAGUUCGUCUGGAAAACGAAACGGAAUGCACUCGGCGAAGUCACCGGCCACAAGGCACGGCUCGUGGCGCAGGGAAAUCGGCAACGCGACGGCAUCGACUUCAACGAAACCUUCGCACCAGUCGCACGCUUCUCCUCGAUACGCUCACUCCUCGCGCUGGCGGCCGCCAACGGCUUGCACGUGCACCAGGCGGACAUCGACAAAGCCUAUCUGCAUGGCGACCUUGACCAUGACAUCUGGAUGACGACACCGCGCGGCUUCGACCUUCCCACCGACAAGGUGCUUCGUCUGCGACGCUCCAUCUACGGACUCAAACAGGCUGGCCGAAUCUGGAAUCGACACAUCGACGCAUCGCUUCGAGAUCUCGGCUAUACGGCGACGGGCACCGACCACUGCGUGUACUCUCGGAUCGACGAUCGGCGACGCCCACACUACAUCGCGCUGUACGUCGACGACCUCCUUAUUCGAUCAACUCUACUACGUCAGCGAUGUAGUUAUAGCCAAGAGUGAUGAAUGCAUUUCAACAUACCUAUUCGAUCAACUCUACUACGUCAGCGAUGUAGUUAUAGCCAAGAGUGAUGAAUAGGAAGCUAACAAUAAGAGACCCGCGCACCCCAAGUCCACAGCCAGCGAGCCUGGGGCUGAGCCAAUGGCCCAGGCUCGCUCCGCGCGCCUAAGUCCCAGGCUCGCUUCGCGCGCCUAAGUCCUGGGCCGGGGCGCCCGGCUCACUCCGCGCGCCUAAGUCCGCGCCCGGUUCGCUCCGCGCGCCUAAGUCCUGAGCCGAGCGGAGAGUGGAUUCCUCACACUCCUGAUGAUCAGCCCCGACUUGGCCGAAAUUGAACGUGUCAUCUCGGGCCUCGAACAACGCUACGGCGUCAAGCGCCUCGGCCCGGCAGAGUACAUCCUCGGCAUCCAGAUCAGGCGACUCGAAGACGGUUCUAUUGCCCUGUCCCAGGAACGGUACAUCAUGGACGUGCUUGCUCGGUUCCACUUCGACACCACGACUCGCGGCACUACAGUCCCGAUGACCCCCGGCCUUUCGCUCACCGCCAUCCCGGGUCAAGGCACCGAACGGAUCAGGUCAUGGUAUCUGCAGGCUAUCGGCUCGCUCCUCUACAUUUCGCUCGGCACCCGCCCCGACAUCGCCUUCGCCGUGUCCUACCUGGCCCGCUUCGCCAACAACCCUGGACGUCGUCACUGGAUCGCGGUCAAGCACAUCCUCCGCUAUCUCCGGGCCACAUAUCGCGACGAACUGGUUUAUGCUUGCGGCGAGACACGCAUCACGGGCGUGGUUGGCUACUCCGACGCGAACUGGGGGGCCUGCGUCGAUACGUCGGUGUCCACUAUGGGCUACGUCUUCUACAUUGCCGGAUCCGCCGUGUCUUGGUCGUCCAAGCGUCAAUCUCGAGUUGCCGAUUCUACCACCGACGCUGAAUACCUCGCCCUCUCGCAUGCUGGCAAGGAAGGGAUCUACCUCAGUCAGCUGCUCGAGGAGCUCCAUGUCCAACCUGUUGCACCGGCUCACAUUUUUACUGACAAUGAAGCCGCUGCCGCAGUUGCCCACGACCCUGUCCGCGUCUCCGGCACUCGACACAUACGCUUGCGCGAGCACUUUGUUCGGGACAUGGUGAAUCGGGGCGAUAUCUCACUCUCGCAUGUGGGAACCAGCAACAUGGUGGCCGACAUCUAUGAGACGUUCACCACUACUGUCAGGAGAGGUUGA